AGGAUGCCUAAAGUUCAUAAGAUAAAAAAGUCUCUUACACCUCAGAUUUCUUAUUUGACAAAUGAAGAUUCUUAUAAACAGUUGGAUUUUUUGCCUGACAAACUAAGAGCAAAGCUGCUUCCUUUCCAGAAAGAUGGCAUUGCUUUUGCCCUCAGAAGAGAUGGCAGGUGUAUGGUGGCUGAUGAAAUGGGUCUAGGAAAGACAAUCCAGGCAAUUGCAAUUGCUUACUUCUAUAAGGAGGAAUGGCCUCUUUUAAUAGUGGUCCCUUCAUCUCUGAGAUAUCCCUGGAUGGAAGAAAUAGAGAAAUGGAUCCCAGAGCUGAGUCCAGAAGGUAUCAAUGUUAUUCAGAAUAAAACUGACGUGGGGAGAAUAUCAACCAGCAAAGUGACAGUUCUGGGUUAUGGUCUUUUAACCACAGAUGCAGAGACUUUGGUAGAUGCAUUGAAUAAUCAGAAAUUCAACGUAGUUAUAGUGGAUGAAUCACACUACAUGAAGUCCAGGAAUGCAACCCGCAGCAAGAUUUUAUUGCCAAUAGUACAGAAAGCCAAACGAGCCAUUCUUCUUACAGGAACUCCAGCUUUGGGAAGGCCUGAAGAGCUUUUCAUGCAGAUUGAAGCUCUCUUUCCACAAAAAUUUGGAACAUGGACGGAGUAUGCCAAAAGAUACUGUAAUGCACAUAUCAGAUUUUUUGGUAAAAGGCCUCAGUGGGAUUGUAGAGGGGCAUCAAAUUUGAAUGAACUUCAUCAGCUAUUAAGUGACAUAAUGAUCAGAAGAUUGAAGACUGAUGUUUUAACCCAGCUGCCCCCUAAAGUCAGACAGCGUAUUCCCUUUGAUCUUCCAUCAGCAGCUGCCAAGGAACUGAAUACCAGCUUUGAAGAGUGGGAAAAAUUAAUGAGAGCUCCAAAUUCAGGUGCCACCGAGACUGUCAUGGGGCUGAUUACCCGCAUGUUUAAACAAACUGCUAUUGCCAAGGCAGGUGCUGUAAAGGACUAUAUUAAGAUGAUGCUUCAGAAUGAUUCACUUAAAUUUCUGGUUUUUGCUCAUCAUUUAAGCAUGCUCCAAGCUUGCACAGAAGCAGUCAUAGAAAACAAGGCUCGCUACAUUAGGAUAGAUGGAAGUGUUCCAUCUUCAGAAAGAAUACAUCUAGUUAAUCAGUUUCAAAAGGAUCCUGAUACUCGUGUGGCUAUCCUAAGCAUUCAGGCUGCUGGCCAGGGUUUGACAUUUACUGCUGCAACUCAUGUUGUAUUUGCUGAGUUGUACUGGGACCCUGGACAUAUAAAACAAGCAGAAGACCGGGCUCACCGAAUUGGACAGUGCAGUUCUGUGAAUAUACACUACCUUGUUGCAAAUGGGACUCUGGACACCCUUAUGUGGGGGAUGUUGAAUCGAAAGACACAAGUUACAGGGAGCACAUUGAAUGGUAGGAAGGAACAACUUCAGGCUGAGGAAGGUGAUAAGGAAAAAUGGGAUUUCCUGCAGUUUGCUGAAGCUUGGAAUCCAAAUGAAAGCUGUGAAGAGCUCAGGAAUGAAAUUUUGUUCACUCACUUUGAAAAAGAAAAACAGCAUGAUAUUCGAUCAUUCUUUUUACCGAAACCUAAGAAAAGACAGUUGGUGACCUCCUGUGAUGAAUCAGGGAUAUUCCAAGAGAAAAAUACUGUCGUGCCAGCAGACCCUGGAAAAAGAGCCACAAGACAUAUCAUUGAUUAUGAAAGCAAUGUUGAACCUGAAGCUAAAAGAUUGAAGUCGGUCACCACCAAUGACCCCUGCAGUGCCCCAGAGGAGAAACCAUCCCGGCCCAGGCAGACCACGGCUCUAGCCCAGGCAACCAGCCCAGUCCUUCCUGGAAAGGGCUGGCAGUGUGCUUUCUGCACCUAUAUCAAUAACUCAGUGUUACCUUACUGUGAAAUGUGUGAGAAUCCUCCAGGCAGAGCUGUUCUACAACUAGAUAGCCUCAGCUCUACCCAGGAUAAAAACGAAGAUGAGAAAGGUGAUCUUCAGAAAGACACUUCCAAAAACGUUUGGACUAGUUCUGACUGUGAAAAACAAGUCCUUGCACCCUCAGAACCUAACCUGUUGGCUGAAAGCAAGGAAGAAAUAUCAGAAAUCAAGAGAGAAGACGGACUCACACCCCAGCCAGGUGAUGAACAGUUGAAGAGUUCAGACAACUUGCCAGUGUAUGAUACCUUAAUGUUCUAUGCAAGUAAGAAUACUGACCGGAUUCACCUCUAUACUAAGGAUGGAAACCAGAUGAACUGUAACUUCAUUCCUUUGGAUAUAAAAUUAGACCUUUGGGAAGACUUACCUGCAAGCUUUCAGCUGAAACAGAAUCGCUCCCUGAUUUUGAGGUUUGUUCGAGAAUGGAAUAGUCUAACUGCCAUGAAGCAAAAGAUAAUCAGGAAAAGCGGGCAGCUCUUCUGCAGCCCAGUUCUUGCUUUGGAAGAGAUCACAAAGCAACAAACCAAGCAAAAUAGUACUAAAAGAUACAUCACCAAAGAAGAUGUUGCUGUAGCCUCACUGGACAAGGUGAAGAAGGAUGGGGGCCAUGUCCGUCUGAUCAUGAAGGAGUCCGGGCCACGGGAACCUUCUACACAAAAGUUCCUUGAUGAUGGAGUGUGUGUCCCAUUUCUAAAUCCCUGCAUAGCCCAAGCUGAUCUCACUGGGAAGCCUUCUAUAUCCAAAGGCUAUCUGCAAGCUAUGGAUAAUGAAGGAAAUCCACUUUGCCUUCGCUGUCAGCAACCCACUUGCCAAACUAAGCAAGAGUGUAAAGUGAAUGCUUGGGAUUCACGAUUUUGCUCUCUGAAAUGUCAGGAAGAGUUUUGGAUUCGAUCUAAUAACAGUUACCUGCGAGCCAAAGUAUUUGAAAUUGAACAUGGUGUGUGUCAGCUAUGUAAUCUGAAUGCACAGGAACUCUUUUUACGUCUGAGAGAUGCCCCCAAAAGUCAGAGGAAGAAUCUUCUGGACAUUACCUGGAUCUCAAAGCUCCCAUUGGAACAGCUUAAUGAAAUGAUAAGAAACCCAGGAGAAGGGCAUUUCUGGCAGGUGGACCACAUCAAGCCCGUGUCGGGUGGAGGAGGACAGUGCUCUCUGGACAACCUGCAGACGCUGUGCACAGUGUGUCACAGAGAGAGAACUACCACGCAAGCUAAGGAAAGAAGCCAGGGGAGAAGACAAUCUCUAGCAUCAAAGCAUGGAUCAGACAUCACAAGAUUUUUGGUGAAGAAAUGAAGUAUAAAAAUUUUUGAGUGGAUGACAAAUGGUUU